GUAUGCAUUUCACAUGACUCUAGUGUGUUCUACCAAACAUACAAACAUAGGACACACAUCUCCCACGCCUCUCUUGUGUCAUAGGUUUUUGAGUUUGGUCUUUUGUUUACCAGUGAGUGGUGAGAGGUAAAUAAGACGCUCCUUCAUCAUACCAGUAUACAACGUGAGAUUUCGAAACCAAAAACCUGAAGAUAAAGUAGUUAGAAAUGCCCGAGUUUUGCGUGACAGGAGGUACUGGCUUCAUCGCAUCUCACUUAAUUAAGACCUUAUUAGAAAAGGGUCAUACGGUGAGGACAACCGUUAGAAACCCAGGGGAUAAGGAGAAGGUUGGUUUUCUCACCGAACUAAAUGGAGGCAAAGAAAGACUGAAGAUUUUGAAAGCAGAUCUGUUGGUGGAAGGAAGCUUUGAGGAGGCAGUGACAGGAGUUGAUGGUGUCUUUCAUACUGCUUCCCCUGUGCUUGUUCCGUACGACGACAACGUUAAGGAGAAUUUGAUUGAUCCAUGCGUAAAAGGAACUUUGAACGUGCUUAACUCCUGCUUAAAGGCAAAUGUGAAACGAUUCGUGCUCACCUCUUCUUGCUCUUCCAUAAGAUACCGUCAUGAUGUGCAACAACUCGGUCCUCUUAAUGAAUCUCAUUGGACAGAUCUCGAGUACUGCGAACGCUACAAUUUAUGGUAUGCAUAUGCAAAGACGAUAGCAGAGAGAGAAGUUUGGAGGAUUGCAAAAGAAAAUGACAUUGAUGUCGUUGUGGUUAAUCCCUCGUUCGUUGUUGGUCCACUCCUUUCACCACAACCAACAAGUACACUUCUCUUGAUACUUAGCAUUGUCAAAGGCAUAAAAGGGGAAUAUCCUAAUACAACAGUGGGGUUUGUACACAUAAAUGAUGUGGUAGCUGCUCAUUUGUUGGCUAUGGAGAAUACCAAUGCAUCUGGGAGGCUUAUUUGUUCAAGCACAGUAGCUCACUGGUCACAAAUCAUUCAAAUGCUUCGUUCUAAAUAUCCCUCUUACCCCUAUGAAAACAAGUGCAGCAGCCAGGAGGGAGAUAAUAAUCCACACAGCAUGGACACCACCAAAAUUACUGAGCUGGGGUUUCCUCCGUUUAUAACCCUUGAUAAGAUGUUUGAUGAUUGCAUCACAAGUUUUCAGGACAAGGGAUUUCUGUGACAGUUGUUAAGUUUCAUGUUUCGUGUAGUGUAAUAUGAAGCAAAAUAAAGAAAUAUGAACAAAUAAAAUAAUUUAUUUAUUAUCUAUCAUGUCACGUUAUUUUAUUC